AGUCUUGUCUCCAACUUGUAUCAGAAUGAAAAGUCUUCUGUUUAUUUUUAGUGUUGCUGUUGCAUAGAUCGAAGGGAAGAGAGAAACCAGCUGAUAACAAAUUAAAUAGGUAGGACUACAACAAGAACCUAAGAUCCAUUUCUCACAGAAGAAGGAGAAGAACUUGCAAUGCUGAGGUUAACGGCUCGUUCUAGUCCUGCAUCUCUCUCAGUCUUAUGCCCUAGGACAGGAACACGGGGCCUUGCUCUAAGCAUCCUCAGCCUUCAGAUUUUAGCUAGCAAGUGUCAGCAGCAGUAUCCUCUGUUAAAUGCCAAGGAGAAGUGCUUGAGGAACGACAUUCUAAAAACAACCAUCAGAAACAUGUCGUCUGUACGGCAUUUGAACCAAGAAGAAGCCAUUAAUGUGGAUCUGGAAUUGUUCAAUGAAUAUCAGUUCAGUGUAGAUCAGCUGAUGGAAUUGGCAGGUCUUAGCUGUGCUCAUGCAAUUGCAGAGAAAUAUAAACCGGACCCUGGUAAAGGAGUGCUGGUGUGUGCAGGACCUGGAAAUAAUGGGGGCGAUGGGCUUGUAUGUGCAAGACAUCUAAGACUGCUGGGCUUCACUCCCGAAAUCCUGUACCCAAAGCCAACCGACAAACCACUGUUUAACAACCUCGUUAAGCAGUGCGAGAUGUAUGACAUAACCUUCAUUAAAGAAAUGCCGAGUAUGGAGAGUCUAAGUAGCAAAUAUCACUUGAUUGUGGAUGCUCUGUUUGGAUUCAGUUUCAAGCCUCCUGUAAGACCACUCUUUGCACCUAUUAUAGAAUUGUUAAGCAAGACAAGUGUUCCGCUGGUUAGUGUGGAUAUUCCCUCUGGUUGGCAUGUGGAGGAUGGGCCAACAGAUGACACCCCAGCUCUGGCACCUGACAUGCUUAUCUCUCUCACAGCACCCAAGCGGUGUGCCAAACACUUCAGAGGAAGGUACCACAUGCUUGGAGGCCGCUUUGUUCCUCCGCAGAUGCAGAAGAAGUACGAACUCAACCUCCCUGAAUACCCAGGUACCAGUCAGGUUGUGUCACUGUCUUAAAAGGUGUCUUUUCUUAAAAGUCUAGAUAAUGAC